CGCUUGUCAUUUUCAAAAACCCAUGGUCCGAAACUACAAAUCGACGUGGAACUUUUCCGAUGUUGCUGCCACGGAAGAGCACUUCCGCGCCAUGCUCACGGCGGACGAAGCGUCGCCCGACAAUCUGUGCCUCCAGACCCAGAUCGCCCGGACAUUGGGUCUCCGCAAUCGCUUCGACGAAGCGCACGCCGCCUUGGACAACGUCGACGCAGUCGUCAUGCAACUUGCGACCACUGUCGAUGCGAUUGAAGUCAAGGUCCGUUCGCAUCUGGAACGUGGUCGUGUCUACCGGUCGUCCCAACGUGCCGCGGAGGCCCGUCCCCAUUUCCUCGCAGCCACGGACUUGGCCGUAUCCGCGCAACUUGACGAGUUGGCCGUGGACGCCAUGCACAUGGUGGCCCUUGUGUUCGACGACCCCACCGAGUCUCUAGCAUGGAGCGAGAAGGCGCUUGCCCUCGCGUUGACGUCGGAGGACCCCGCCGCGCGCAAUUGGGAUGCGUCCCUUGCCAACAACAUCGGGUGGACAUACCAUGACGCAGGGGACUUUGACCAGGCAAUGGUCUAUUUCCGAACGGCAUUGGCGGCCCGGGAACGCUUAGGAGACCCCAAGCCUAUCCAUGUUGGCAAGUGGAUGAUUGCGCGCACCCACCGAUCGCUCCAUCAACACGCGGAAGCGCUGGCGAUUCUGCAUGUGUUGGACGACGCCGGCAACGAAGAUGGGUACGUGUCGGAAGAGCUGGCCGAGAACUACGAGGCGCUGAACCAACACGACACUGCCAGGCCCUACUUUCAUCGAGCGUGGACUAAGUUGAAGGACGACUCGGCUGUGGACGCCGCGCGGUUGCAGCGAUUGCAAACGCUUUCCCAAGCAUGAAAUGAUCGCACUGUCGUGGGAUUGAUUGUUGUAGCCUUGAAUUGGCAAUACACAGAUACUACUGUACGUAGUAGAUAUACUGAUAUAUAUAUAUAUUAUAGAGAUAGAAAUCCUGAUAUAAUAAUAUUAUAUUACGUAUAACGCC